AAGUGAUUGACAAGUCGCAUGUAUUUUGCGCCAAAACGGAAUUUUGCAUACAAAGAUUCUAUUUUGAAUACAUUUUUUAUUAAAAAUUAACACAGAAAUGUCGAAACGCAAUAGCACAGGCGCGACAAACACGUUAUUUAAUUAUUUUUCUAAAACCCCUCCAGCCAAUAAGAAGGUAAAAUCAGAGUUAGAAGUUGAGAAAAGUCCGAAUGUUAAUUCACCUGUGCGAAACGGCGAAAAGGAAUCUAAAGCUGAAAACAAAAAGCGAGAAAGACAAAUAACUCCAUCACCUGAAGUGAAACAUAACAGUGAAAGUGAAGAUGAGGCUCCUAUUGCGCCCAAACGAAGGAAGAGGAUCAGACUUAACCCAGUGGACUCUGAUGAUUCCGAUGUCGAGAAUAAAGCAGAUAACAAAAUGGAUACAACAGAGGUAGAGAAGCCGUCAAUGGAAAAGAAACUGCAGGAUAGUUUUAAAUAUGAGCCAAACCAGUCUCCUAAGGCUAAGCCAGCAAGUAAACCACCAAGCAAGUCUACAUCUAGUAUCAAAUCUUCAGCAUCGCCUCCAAAACCACCAGAAGACAAACCAGUAGUGGCAGACGACUUCAAUUGGAUACACUGCAAGUUGGAAUGGCUGAAACCCGAAAAGAUCAGAGAUGCUCAAAAAAGAAGGCCGGAUCAUCCCGACUACGACCCCUCCACUUUAUUCGUUCCUCCUGAAUUUUAUAAGAAUCAAACCCCUGCUCACCGGCAGUGGUGGGAGAUGAAGUCGUCUCACUUCGACUGUGUCCUGUUCUUCAAAGUAGGCAAGUUCUAUGAGUUGUACCACAUGGACGCUGCAGUGGGUGUUAAUGAAUUGGGAUUUUCUUACAUGAAGGGUGAUUUCGCACAUUCAGGCUUCCCUGAAAGUGCUUACGGCAGGAUGGCGUCUACACUAGUAUCCAAAGGGUACAAAGUCGCUCGAGUAGAACAGACUGAGACUCCGGAUAUGAUGCAAGAGAGGUGUAGAAAGACUGGUCAGAACAGUAAAUGGGAUCGAGUAGUUCGCCGCGAGAUCUGCCAGGUGACUAUGAGAGGUGCUCAAGUAUGUGGCCUACAAGACAACGGACCUGCCGACCCUACAGCCGUUUACAUGAUGGCUAUUGCUGAAGAGGAAAGCAACGGCAGCAGUACAUACGGAGUCUGUUUUGUCGACACAUCCAUCGGAUUGUUCCACCUGGGACAGUUCCAAGAUGACAAGCAUUCGUCCAGACUACUCACUACCUUGGCGCAUCAUCCACCAGCACUGAUAAUAUACGACCGUAAGACAAGCCCCCGUACGUCCAAAUUGCUUAGCACCCACUGCCACAGCGCUCGCCGAGAACCCCAAAAUUUAUGGGCUCCUGAGAAAACUUUGAAAACUUUAGCAGAGAAGUACUACAGAACGAAUGCCGAUGGAGAAUGGCCUGAGGGAAUCAAACCUUUUUUACACGAAGGUGACGCCCUCGGACUUACCCCUGCAGUGAACUGCUACCUGGCCAUCAAAGCCCUCGGCGGAGUGGUAUCCUGCCUUACCGACUGUCUCCUAGACAUACAGGUCCUAGGCAUGAACCAAUUCACAUCCUACGCACCCCCAGACGUGUUAAACAAGACCUUACCACCAGAAGUUAAGAUCGAGAAUCGCUGGGAAGGCGGCAGCACUAUGGUCCUUGACGCGAUCACGUUGAGAAACUUAAGAAUUGUACAGGACGAAGGAUGUUUGUAUGAGAGGUUGAAUUUCUGCUCUACGCAUAUGGGGAAGAGAUUACUGUACCAAUGGGUGUGUGCUCCGAGUUGCAAUAUAUCAGUGAUAAAAGAGAGACAGGAGGCUGUGAAGGCUCUGUUUGAAAAUCAAGAGCUCUGCCAAGACGCUAAGAGUAUUCUCACCACAUUACCGGACUUAGAAAGGCUUUUGGCGAAAGUACACGCACUAGGUAACUUGAAACGUUCCAAACAGCAUCCAGAUUCUCGCGCCAUUUUCUACGAGGAAAAGUCCUAUUCGAAACGAAAAGUGCUAGAUUUCAUAUCCGUUCUGAACGGGUUCACAGCAGCGUUGAAACUUGUGGAUUUAUUCUCUGAUACCGACUCUAAAUUGCUGAAGAGGAUAAUGCAGUUCCAUCCUGAUGGAAAGUACCCUGAUUACAGAGAGACUUUGAAGUUUUUUAAGGAAGCCUUCAAUCAAGAGCAAGCUGAGAAAGAAGGUCGCAUUCUCCCGGGCGAAGGAGUCGACCAAGAGUACGACAAUACGCUGCAACUCAUUCAAGAAAUAGAGGGGGAACUGAAGGAAUAUUUGAGUGAACAGGAGAAAUAUUUCAAAUGCCGGUUAUCAUACGUGGGGACAGAUAAGAAAAGGUAUCAAAUAGAAGUGCCACAGAAUGCGGCGGCUAAAGCCGGUCCCGAUUACAAUUUAGAAGGUGCAAGGAAAGGAUUCAAGAGAUUCUCUACGUCCGAGACUAAGGAUUUCCUGGCACGUAUGAUAGCAGCCGAAGAACAGAAAACAAACGUUCUAAAAGACUUGAGCCGUAGAAUAUUCGAGAAGUUCUCCUCCCACUACAAUCAGUGGGAGACAGCAGUUCAGUGUUUGUCCACCCUCGACAUUCUGCUGGCGUUUACAGAGUUCGCAAGGCAACAGAGCGGGGAUGUAUGCCUGCCUCAAAUUACUUUCGAGGAAGACCAGAAGCCAUAUCUAAAUAUAGUGGAGGGUCGACACCCCUGUAUAUCUAACGUGGUGGACUUCAUUCCCAACGACACCCAGCUGGGCACGGAGGACUCCAGCUUGUUACUGUUGACUGGCCCCAAUAUGGGAGGCAAGUCUACCCUUAUGAGGCAGGCCGGCCUCAUCACUGUACUUGCGCAUUUAGGAAGUUAUGUACCAGCUGAAGAAUGUAAGCUAAGUCUGGUGGACCGUAUCUUCACUCGUUUGGGUGCAUCCGAUGACAUCUUCUCUGGCCAGUCAACAUUCUUAGUGGAAAUGAAUGAGACCGCGGCCAUUGUGACACAUGCCACUGUACAUUCUCUUGUACUAUUGGAUGAGUUGGGGCGUGGCACAUCAACGUACGACGGUACGGCGAUCGCGUCAGGAGUGUGCGUGGAGCUAGCCAAGCGAGGCUGUCGCGUCAUAUUCUCCACGCACUACCAUUCUCUCGUGCACCACCUGUCUUCAUAUCCUGGCAUCAUGCUAGGACAUAUGGCCUGUAUGGUAGAAACAGACGAAUCCGCUCCGGACAGUGAAGACAAUAUUCCAGAAGAAACAAUAACAUUCCUAUACAAACUGUCUCCGGGCGCUUGCCCUAAGUCCUAUGGUUUCAACGCAGCCCGCCUAGCGGGCAUACCAAAGGAAAUAACUCUUAAAGCCCAUCAAAUAUCCAAGAAUCUUGAAAAAGAAGCUACAUGUGUCCGCGCCUUUAGAGACAUUCUCAAAAUGGAGGACAACCCUAAAGAUGUCAGGGCAAUGUUGGCAGCCCUGAGUAUUUAGUUGUCGCAACUCUAUGAAUCUCUUAUUUUUACAAGUUCAUGUGCUAGUAUUUUUUUAAGAAGUGUUGUUUUUAUGUCGUUUAAUGUUUUGAAGCAAUCAGAAGAUUAUUUUUAAUUUUGAAUUCAUAGUUUACUCAUAAUUAUUGCUUCGAGCUAAGAAAUUGGGUGAAACUAAUUUCCAAGUUAAUGAACUUUGUGAUUUAUAAUGCCUAACAGAAAACGAUGUUACCUCUUUGAUAAUUUCAAUCAAUAAUGUGAUAAUAAUUCUACUAAAAUUGAUUGCAUGACAUGGUUAUUGUUGAUUGUAUUCGUUGAUUUGAAUGAUGGUUGUAAGUUGUACUUUAAGAUUACGAACCCACCUGCUAUUGGA